AUGAAAGUUAUUGUCUAAUUUCUUAAGUUUUACCGUAAUUACAAAAGCGAUGAGUCAUCUUUAAUAAAUAAUACAAACUGUCAUUAUUAUAAAAUGUAAUAAAUGAAUAAAAUUGUAUAUUUCCAUUCUAGAAUUCUUUAUAUUCUGGAGUAUUACUAUUCUGAGUCAAGAAUAAUAAUAAAAUUUACUUGUUUUUAAUCAAGUUUUAAUAUUUUUUGUGAUGUCAUUUAAUUUAUGAUAGGAUAUCUUUAGAUAAGAAUUGAAUUAGGGCUCGAUUAAAUAAUUAAACUUUUGCAAUUGUAAUUGAUUUUAUUAUCUUCUUCUGUGAUCACUCUAUUUUAUAUUUACGACCGAGAAUUGAAUAAACAAAAGAUUUCAAUCCUGUUCUCUAUUUGCAAUAUCAGCAUCUUUAUGAUUGAGACCAGGAUCAUUGGAAAUUCUUAGUAUUUUACAAUAGCAGCAGCGUUCUUUCUGAUAUUUAAAUAUUAUAUCAAGAAGCAAGACGACAGCCACAUCCCCCAGAUAAAUAUUUUGAAUUCAUAAGUUCAAAACAACACAGGAAAAUAGGAUCAAGAAAUGGAACAAUACCCUCAAUAACUACCAGCCAUUCAAUCAAUAUAUGAGUGUAACUAGAACAUCACACCCAAGCAGAUUCCGAAUUCUAAUGAAAUCAAUAUUGGACGCUAAGUUACUACCGAGAGGAGUAAAUAACCUAUUAAACAGGAGUCUCUAAUGGGUUUCUUGGGGGACAAAAGAUAGUCCUAUGCCAAGAACAGCAUAAGCGGAUUUCCUUAGAGACAAUAGACCAACCAGCUAAACCAAGUGAACUUCAAUGUGAUUAAGUUUCAAGAUGAUUGUGGAGAGAUCAAAUUCGGUCUUCUCAAGACCUUGAAAUCAAUUAAUUUUGAUUAGCUAGGCAAGGAGAUUGAAAUCAUUUAUUAAAAUGACAAAACCUUGACGAGAUUAUUAUCGAAUAUUGAAAAAAAAAGUGGGCCUAGAAUGCAGAUUCUUUAUGAAAGUUAAUAAGCACCAAAUCCUGUCAUUAAUGAGAAUUUAAGAGGUGUAAUAAUAAUGACGCAAUUUAAAUUGAUGAAUAAAAGAAGGUAACAUGGAAGAAGAUUUUUUAAGUAUUAACCUGUUAGAUGA